AAGGGGUGUAAAAAUAUUUUCCCCUAAUUUAAAUACAAUAUCCCAACAGUUUAAACCAAGAACAAAAUCAUAUCAACAACACAAAUCAUGUAGUUUCUGAAUUCUAGCAAUAAGUAAUGGCUCAAUUGCUACUCAGCUACCCUUCAAGCUCAGCCACUUUGAGGUGUGCAAAUUAUUUCAGGAGUAGAAGCGCUUUUGGAAAAGCAGAAAGCUGGGGAAGGAGUCUUCAAAUGGUGCAAUGUUGCAGUACUACAAGCACUUCUUCUUCAUCAAAGCAAGCUGAAUUACUUGGUGGUAGAGAAGUAGUUGAAGGCAGAGAGAAUAGCAAUAAUAGUGAGGAGUUUGAGUAUUUGGUGAGUGAGUUUGGUUGGAAAGCCAGGAGAUUAGCUAAGGAAGAUGAUGAAAUGAGAAAAGUUGCUGCAAUUCAAGCUGAAGCUUUUCACAUCCCAGUUCUUUUCUUUGAUGAUGUUUUCUUUGAAUUCUUUAAGGCAGAAGUUCUCUCUGGACUUCUUUACAAACUCAGGAACUCACAUCCAAACAGGUAUGCAUGUUUGGUAGCUGAACCCAACAAUGAAGCCAUAAAAUCGCAAAACAAACUUGUAGGAGUUGUGGAUGUGACAGUAUUAAGAGAUGAAGAUGUUCUUCAACGUCUCCAUGGAGCUGAAGAAUACCUUUACGUAUCUGGCCUUGCUGUUUCCAAAACUUUCAGGAGAAGGAAAAUAGGCAGUGUUUUAUUAAAAGCCUGUGACAUGCUUGCCAUUGUAUGGGGCUUCAAAUAUCUUGCCCUCAGAGCUUAUGAAGAAGAUUAUGGUGCUCGGAAAUUGUAUUCGAAAUCUGGUUACGAAGUUGUUUCAGGUGAUCCGCCAUGGAUGUCGACUUGGAUUGGAAGAAAACGCCGUGUUCUUAUGAUUAAACGUGUUAAUAAUUUUGCUUAAUUCACACUUAUUCAUUCAUAUUGUUCAUAAUCAGACCAGCCAAGAAAUCCAAAACCAGAAAGUUUAUGUUCAAAAAUGUUAAUCCUUA